GCGGCGACCGUGAAGGCCGACGGCUGCUUCAAAUCAGCUACCCUAGAGCUUGCGCUGUUGGCAAGCUGCCCUUUUCUCUUUGCAAGCUCCACCGAGGGGGUGUUUGUGUGUGAUUACGCCACCUCGUCACCACAGGGCGAGCACCACUCGGCAUCAUGAGCAAGUUUACCUUUCGCACCAAGGCCUUGGAGCCAAGCAAGCCGUUGGCCGUUAUUCGAGCGGAUCAGGAGCCUGAGGUCCUCACCGAAACCGUGAACGUGAACCGUGCCACCCAACAACUUCCCACUGGCAUGGAAAAAGAGGAAGAAGAGGAAAUACAUGUAAAGAAAAUCAUUGACGAGCAAAAUCUCAAGGGAACUUUGGCCUCCCACUCUUUGGCGAUCCCCAUUCCCGAUGUCGUCAAGGGGGUACCGCUCUACGAGGAGCUCUACAAACCCGACUAUGUCGUGCCGUCGCGUUACGUUCAUUCGGACCUCUUCGGCGAUCUCGAUGAGCAGCCACCCCAGUAUGAUAUGGAUUCGGACGAUGAGACCUGGUUGAACGAAUACAACGACAACAAGCCGACAGUAAAAAAGCUUGACCCCUUCCGUUUUGAGGCUUAUAUGGACCUAGUCGAGCAGAACUGGCCUAUCUCCGCUAGCGCUGUUGCCAAGCUUGCCCCACACGAUUUUGAUGCCGCACUGCUUGAGAUCGUGCACAAGUACUACGCCGAUCGUGUCAAGACGCUGGGCCGGGACACCAUCUCACCGCGGUUAAAGUCCGACCUGGGCGACGCUGCGAGUGCCGCCGACCCCUACGUGGCCUUUCGCCGCCGUGUCGAGAAAAUGCAAACUCGCAAGAAUCGGCAAAAUACUGAAAUACACUACAUUCACAUGCUCAAGCUUCACCGUGAUCUGACCAAGGCCCGAGAGCUCUUCCAGACCAUGCUGGAGCGCGAGCGGCUUAAACUCAAGUUUAUACAAAGCGAUCUAGACGUCUUCAAAGCAAGAGUGCUUGUGAGCGAUUGGGACGGUGCCAAGGAGCAAAAAUGUACGCCUUGGACGGCUCCUCCACCCCCGCCCCCGCAACCUGCUACCCCAGCGACACAAACGCCUGGGCGCCCAGCGGAGACACCAGUCGGCACCAAGGCGCCCAAGUCGAUCAAGAUCAAGCUGGAUCCCAAGCGCCGCACCAAACCUGCUGAUCGCGCAAAUCGUGGCCCGGCGCGCCUGGCAGCCAAGCGCAAAAAGCUGGAGGAGGAGUAUUGCGACACUUCAGCCGUGACAGAAGACGAAUAUGACCACAGUGACCCGUUCCGAUUCCGUCGCCGUGCGCGACUGUUGUACCACCAGCCAUUGUCACGGCCGUCCAUGCAGCAAUUUUACACAGGACGCUACCAUUAUGUUGCACGCGGUGCCCUGGACUUGUCUCCUCCGCGCGAAGAAGUUGGCUUUGACUACACGCCUCCGCCAUUGAGUGGUUACUGUCGUCGCCGAGUCGGCCGGGGUGGGCGGAUCAUUGUGGACCGGCUGCACCCAAGCUUUGAUUUUUUCGGCGACCUUGAGCCCUUCACGCAGGAGCAACUACAGGAUGCGGCAGACAGCGACGUGCCUCAACAACUGGUCAACUGGCGAAUGCCACGCCCCCCGUUGGCGACGGGAUUGUCUCUGCCAACAUCCCAUGCACUACGCACGAGUGAAAUGCCGCCCGUGUUUCCGGCGGCCGGUACCGAAUUUGGAGAUCAGGUGCAUGGUGCUUCCAAUGGGCUGACGAGUGGACCCGAGUCGCUCUUUGGCUCCCGGCGCAUGAGUAGUGCCAGCAAUGCAUCAGACACCCCUCGCCGCCUGUCCAAGGGCCUGUCCCCUCUUGCGCCGCCGCGCGGGUCCUCUGGCUGGCGAUCAGUGCGGGAAGAACCUGUCUCAGCAGCCAGCGUCACCCACGGCUCGCCCUCUAGUUGAGUAAAGUUGCGAGAGCUGGCGCUGCCAUUUUGACUGUUGUUUGUACUGGCAUUUGCUGUCGUUUGUCUUGAUUUGCUGGCUGCCUUGUAUUUGUUACCUUGUUGUUCCUCUUUUUCUAUUUCUUUUUCGGGUCUUUGUCAUCAGAAACCGACCCAGGGGCUCGCAAAGAGUAGAACCUGCUGUUGCCAGACAAAUAAAUUGCCUUUU